GUCCAAAAAAGAAUUUUGAAAAAAAAGAAAACCUUUAAUUUCCACACCUAUUCUUCCUCGACGCCGGCGACCACCACCACGAACUAGCCCACCAACCCGUCCCCGGCGGCGGCGAUGGCGAGGCACGAGGCGUCCGCGUCGGCGGCGGGCGUGGACUUCCACCUCCCGGACGAGAUCCUGGCCGUGAUCCCCACCGACCCGUACGAGCAGCUGGACGUGGCGCGCAAGAUCACCUCCAUGGCCAUCGCCUCCCGCGUCUCCCGCCUCGAGGCCGACGCCGGGCGCCUACGCCGUGACCUCGCCGACCGGGACCGCACCGAGGCCGAACUCCGCGCCCGCCUCGCCGACUCCGACGCGCGCCUGGCCGCCGCCCUCGAAGAGAACGCGAAGCUGGCGAAGGAGAGGGACUCGCUCGCCGUGACGACCAAGAAGCUGGCGAGGAACUUGGCAAAGUUGGAGGCAUUUAAGAAACAGUUGAUGAAAUCAUUGAGUGAAGAUAAUCUAUUGCAAUUGUCUGAAACUGGUCAGGAUCAUGAUGCAGAAGAUAAUCUGACUGCCCGAGUUCCCUCUUGGAAAGAUGAGGUUUCAAGCAGUCACUCUUCUUCAGAUACUUCCAGCAGAUCUACAAAGACUGAAUCCACUCAUGGUGGAGGAUACCAGUUCUCGAUCACACCACACAUACCUCAAAAACUAGCUCCUGGUUCAGCACCUAUGAUUUCAUCCUCCGCCGGUUCCCCCCGAGCAUAUUCAACUGGCCCAUCCUCUCCCAAGUUCUUAUCUGGUCCAACUUCUCCUACAAGAUCUCGAUCUGAGAGCCAGUCAACAUUUUCAUCAUGGCAAGGAUCAUCAAGUCAUCAGUAUUCAGCACCUACCUCUCCUCCUCAACGCCGCUCUCUCACAGGGCGGCCCCGUAUAGAUGGAAAGGAAUUCUUUCGACAAGCACGGACGAGACUUUCUUAUGAGCAAUUUGGAGCAUUUUUGGCGAACAUCAAGGAGUUCAAUGCUCAGAAACAAUCACGAGAGGACACCCUGUCAAAAGCAGAAGAGAUAUUUGGAGCAGAGCACAAAGAUUUAUACAUUUCUUUCCAGAACAUGCUUAAUCGCAACCAGUCAUGAACAUCUGUCAGAGGCUGUAUUCUUUUCUUCUCUAAAUCAAACAGGGAGGCGAUUUGUUGGAAUAAGCAUUCCUCUUUCAUAGGUCUCAAGAUCAGAUUUCAGAUAUCUGUAUAUAGGCCGCCUUAAUUUGAGCUAUUCAUCCUCAAUAACUUGGAGCUGUGACUGAAAAGGAAAAAAUCUCAUAGUUAUCGGAAACUUUGGUCCUUUUGAUUUAGCAUGCAUUCACAUUCCCUCAUUUAUGUCUUCCUGCUGUAAAUUCGGUUGCAAAUCUCUUGAGGUGCCUUCCCUUUGUAGAAAGUUGUACAAAACUGUUCUUUGCAGUUGUUCAAACUGCUAGCUGAGAAUGGUGAUCGCGGAACAUGUGUUCUGUAAUUCUGUAUUUGUUCAAUGAACUAAGCGAUUGUGAAUUUUUGUUGGGUUAUUUGUUCUGUAAUUCUGUAUUUGUUCGAUGAACUAAGCCAUUGUGAAAUUUUGUUGGGUUAUUCA